CGGAAACACGGCGUCGGAAAACUUCAUUUGCGCACGCGCGUCCGUUUUUCUUCCUUUCCGACGCUCGAGCGAAAGAGACAAGAUGGGCCAUCAGCAGCUCUAUUGGAGUCACCCCAGAAAGUUCGGUCAGGGAUCCCGAUCCUGCCGGGUAUGCUCGAACAGACACGGUCUGAUCCGUAAAUACGGGCUCAACAUGUGCCGCCAGUGCUUCAGGCAGUACGCUAAGGACAUCGGCUUCGUCAAGCUGGACUAAAUGUCACAUCCUCCGAUGGGUUGGUGGUACCUGGAAAACCCCCAAGAUGGGAUGAUUCAGCACUGCGAAUACAUGCUUUUUCUCAAUUAGAAUGGGAACACGGGAACACGAUUCU